CCUGCAGAUGGCUGCGGAGCCUGCCGGCAAAAACGCAUCAAAUGCGAUGAGACCCGGCCUCACUGUCGGAACUGUCAAGGGCGCAAUGUUCAGUGCCCCGGCUUCGCUCGCCAAUUGCGAUGGAAGACAGCGUCCCUCACUUCGGGAGCUGUCCGCAAGCACCCGCGCAAGUCGUCGACCAUACAGCACUUAUCGUCUGGCCCCUUGGAAGGCUUUAUGAAAGCGACCGCUGGACCCCUGAGCCCGGAUCCGUUUACCUCACAGCCCAUGAUCUUCGACCAAAGUUGGCGACAGAAGCCUACCAUGCACGCCAACGCCCAUGACAGCCCUUUCGGCCAUGACCAGGCCUCAUUGCAUUCUCCGCCCGUCGCAAAUGCCACUAGUCCUCAGAUAAGCACCCUUGAAUCGCGCUCCGCUGCCGUCAAGGAGGGCAAGCGACGGCAUGAGACCAACGUCGCUUCACCCGCAUCCCCGCUGGAUACUCGUGUGUUGCAACAACCCGUCUCUCCGCAGAGUUCCACAAUGUGCAGUGACUAUUUACAUCAGGCCGAUAUUGAUUCCCCUGUGCAAAUCCUAUCAUCAGAUGACUCUUCUUCCCCUCACAUGGCAGCGUCCAGCGCGUAUGAGCUUUUUGAAGAUAUGUCGCCUUCCACACCAGCCUCUCCAGACACGAGGAUAGAUGUUGGCCAGCAAUGUGUCGAUUCCGACAAUCUAGUCUUGGCGAGUACAUCGUGGCAGCGCAACAUCUGGAUAGAUGCCGAAACCGAGAACAACUUGACGGUGCACUAUUUUGAUAACACCUGUCAGAUAGUGUCGUGCUUCGACUCUCGUCAAAACCCUUUUCGCAAAGACAUACCACGGAUAAUGCUCACCUGCGAAUAUCUGAACGACUGCAUCAAAGCUCUGUCCGCAGCACACCUGGCCAAUUCGAUUCGCGACAUGGACAAUGUCACGUUACGAUACCAAACCAAAGCAAUACGAGGGCUCAUGUCUGCUCUUCAAACGCUACAAUUUCCAAGUCACCACAAAAGUAGCGAUAAUGGCCUGUCACGCAUAUCGGCCGCAUUCGCACGAUAUCAAGCGCUAUUGGUCGCCCUGCUACUUGCAAACAGCGCGGCUUGGAUUGAUGCUUCUGCAAUUGGUUUGACCCAUCAUCAUGGCGCAAGACUGCUUUUCCAGGCAUGGUUGUCCGACGAAGGAGUCCACGAUACGUCAAAAAAGCCUGUCGCACUGGAUCGUGAACAAUCUUUCAUCAUAGGCGCCAUGGUGCACCAGGAAUGCCUGCUGUCCAUCAUUAUCGAUCAGCCUGUUGAAUCACUGCAAUACUUGCUCCGUUUUACCACGCUUGUCCAAGAACAAAGGGUAUAUCCCCAUCCCUUCACAGGUAUCAGUACUCCGUUGUUUGUCUAUCUUGCUGAAAGCCUUGCACUUGUUAGGCAAAAGCGGAAUUUGAUGUCUCGGGAAGAACGGGGGUCUAAUUUUGAUUUGCAACUUUCCAAAAGAGUCAGGGAACUGUACAUGCUCGUCCUAGCUCAUCAACCUCCUUUGGUAACAUCUGUGGAUGACACUCAGGAUUUAAACACGCCUCUCCCCCAUCUGUUCGCCGUGGACGCGAUGCUCCGCCUGGUAAUUCUGUUGGAGCUCAUACAAAGUUUUCCCGAAGUCAUCAUAGGUGAUGCACCCACACGCCAAGUGAGGCAAACAAGCCUAGACCUCGCCAUCGCAAUACUGACUAUCGCGUCCGACCUACCCGAACCAUCUGGUGCGAACAACAUGACAUCCAUCCCCCUUCUCUCCGCAGGUAGCGCACUACAGUCUGCCGAAAGCACUCCAAGGAACAUCCAUCAGGGUUACGACCUCAGCGCCAAUAGCCUUGAUGGGCUCCGUGGCCAAAUAGCUGCUUUGAUGCACCGUCCUGCUACCCUACAAAUGUGGCGGGAUCAAGUAUCAUGGCGCGUCGAGCGAUUGCACUCUCGCGUCAGCGUAGCCCCCGUGAAACGGAUAAGCGCAAUCUUGGAAGCAGUCUGGCAGCAAGCAGACAAGGCGGCCAAUUCCGACACAUGUACAUCAAGGAAUAUGGUCCACUGGAUGGAUGUUAUGACUGAAGGACGACUUGAAACGUUGUUUGGGUAG